GGUUUGCACCAUCAGUAGCAUCGCUCGGCGCGCUUUCGUUCGAGUUACACAAGAGCCUCGCGGAUAAACAUCAUGGGAGGCAGACAUGGGGUUAUGCUCAAUCGACCGGCAUGUCGCUGUCCCAGGAUACCGAGUCAGCCAUUUCUGGAUCAGGAGAAGACUGGCUUGAGAAUGGGACCAGCCGCGCACAACUUGCCAGCCAUAACCGCCCAUCGGAAGGAGAUGGGAGUGGACCAGAAUGGCUGAGAAGGACAAAAGAAGGUAUCAUGGAGGUCAUAUCGAGAGAGGGGACGACAGCACAGAUCGACCCGCUUAGAUUCUGCAAAUGGCUGCUGAGCAGUGUGGAAGAGAGGGGCGUAAGAGUGAUAUAUCCAGCGGCAGCUACAGAAGUUCUGCGAGACGCAAAAGGUAUAAUGAGCGGGCUGAGGAUUGUAGGGGGCCAGGAUAAGCAAUCGCAAGACCGUAGGUCCGGAGUUGACAUCCAUUUGACAAGAGCGCUGACAGGUACAGUACCAUGCACACGACUCCUGAUCACCUCCGGCGCCUGGUCGCCCCGCGUUUUCUCGACUCUGUUCUCCAAUGCACAAACCCGCAUCCCUAUCUCCUCGCUCGCCGGCCACUCUCUGCUCGUGCGCAAUCCAUUCUCCAAGCCCAAAGAUAUCGACGAGGAGGUGUGUCAUGCAGUCUUUGCAACAGAUACACUAGGAUUUUCCCCAGAGUGGUUUGCCCGGAUAGGCGGCGAACUGUAUCUUGCUGGGCUAAACAGCACGAGUAUACCACUGCCCGACAUUGCAACAGAUGUUGAACCGAGCAGCAAGGCUAUCGAGCAGCUGAAGAAUUGCGCGAGGGUCAUGAUGGUAGAGAACGGCGCUGGAAAGGACGUUGAGGUUCUACGGCAGAGUCUGUGCUUUCGUCCUGUAACACCGAGCGGCCGUCCUCUUGUGUCGCGUAUACCCGAUGAAAAGCUUGGAGGUGUGCGGACAAGAAGUGGAGCAGACGGAGGCGUGUUCAUAGCAGCAGGCCAUGGCGCUUGGGGCAUUUCUCAUGCCCCAGGGACUGGGCUGGUGCUUGCAGAGCUCAUGGAAGGAAGGCCAACAAGUGCAAAGAUCGAGGCAUUGCGACUACCGUUAUAAUUAAAAUGUGUCGUGGUAAGUGAUCAUUCAUGAAACAUUGGGUCCGGCGCAUUGAAGCAUCUUGUGUUCGAUUUUGCAGGGCUGCUACGAUUAGACAAAAAACCUUCGAUGAUCGAUGACAUGCAAUUCGAUUCUUCACCGCUACCUGCCGCAUCUGCCUCACGAUCAAGCUCAUUCCCAAUGAUCGCAUUUUCUCUUCAGGUACCCGCUGCGAUGCCCCUCUUGCACUCCAAAAGAUGUGUGCGAUCGUCAGGGCGUUCCACUAUGACGCUCACGACGUCAUUACCCCCACAUGCAGUUUGCAAACAUCACGAUGAUCAGUACCGCUAUACAAUGCUAUAUAAUGCCUAUUGACCCCUC